CUGCCGGGCUCAAGGGAAAGGAAGUUGGCGGCCAUCUUGGUGAUGGAGAGUGACAAAUCAUUUGGGCAGUUGGAGGACAGUUGAAAAAGGAGAAAAGCCCUCAGGAAAAUAAUAAACAAUAGUGUAGAGAGGCAGCCAGACUGAGGCCCUACAGACUCCAGACCAAUAGACACCGACCCUACCCGGAAACAUGGGGGAGGCAGACAAUUCCCGUGUCCCACUCCUAGGAGCCAUGCAGGAUCAGUUUGUUCCACAACCACUGGCAAUUGGUGGGAAGGUGAUCCUUACAGCCAUUCAUAUCGCCAAUAUUGCCAUUGGUGCUGUUUAUAUAAACGACUGCCCCGGGCAGUAUCUCAUCCCUUAUUAUCUCAUUAUUACGGGCGCAGUCUCCCUACUGCUUCUCUUUCUCACGUGCCUCCCCUGCGGAGAUGGAAGGGAGCCCCCUAGGACUAGUUGGGCUGUCCUGUGUUCUCAGGGAGUCUUAAUGCUGUUCCUCUUCUGUUUUUUCAUUGCUGGCAAUGUGUGGGUAUAUUCUCUGUAUCCAGAUUCCACCAAACAAUGUAACCGCAUCCUGUACCUGUACGCCUUCUGGAUCAUCACACUGGUGUACAUCUUUAUCGGUGUCGCGGUUAUCCUUUAUAUGUGCGUCCUGGGAUGUCUCGCAGUAGCCGCGGCUUAUUUUGCUGCCAGAGCCCAGGUAGAUGCGUAACAAGAUCAGACUCCACUCACUCACCAAACUGUAAUGAAUAUAGGAAAUACUCAGCAGCCAUAAAGCAGGACUGUGAAUGUUGCAGCAGGACAAAUAAUAAAAAUGAAUUGAGUCUA